AUGGGAAAUUUACCGAAAACUCGAAGUUCAUUAACACGACCUUUUUUUGAUGUGGACGUUGACUUUUGGGGUCCAUUUUACACAAAGGAGCAUCGUCAUCGCAAUAGGACAAAAAUAAAAACGUACGUAUCGGUGUUCGUUUGCUUUGCUACAAAAGCUGUUCAUUUGGAAUUAGCAAAUGACCUAACAACAGACGCGUUCCUCGCCUGCUUAAAACGCUUCUUUGCCCGUCGCGGAAUUGCACAAUCUAUGAAUUCAGAUAAUGCUAAGAACUUUGUUGGAGCGAACAAUAAAUUAAAGAAACUGUCGAAGCAGUUAACUGAAAUGAUUAAAAGUAAUAAAGUUCAGGAAUUUUUAUCAAGUAAGGAAAUUAAUUGGCGUUUCAUACCGCCUAGAGCACCUCACUUUGGAGGUCUUUGGGAGGCUGGGGUAAAAUCCUUCAAGCAUCAUUUUGUUCGAAUAGCUGGAAACACAUUGCUCACGUAUGAACAACUGCAUACAUAUGUCGUUGAGAUUGAGGCAAUCCUCAAUUCGCGUCCUCUCACCCCAUUGUCUUCCGAUCCUAACGAUAUCCUUCCACUCACUCCAGCUCAUUUCUUGAUUGGGAGUUCUUUGACUGCUUUACCGCAAGAAGAUUUACGUCUUGUUCCAGAAUACCGCCUAAACUGUUGGGACUUGGCUCAACAAAAGAGACAGCAUUUCUGGAACCGAUGGCAAAAGGAAUAUUUAAAUGAGAUGAUCGCACGCAGCAAGUGGCAAUCGACGACUCACCAAGACAACAUCGCUAUCGGGACUCUUGUGGUUGUCAAGGAAGACAAUCUCCCCCCUUUGAAGUGGAGUCUCGCACGCAUCAUCGAGAUUCACCCUGGACAAGAUGGAAUCGUCCGAGAAGUAACUUUUAAGGGAAAAACAGAAUACCGACGACCGACACUAUUCAGAGGAAUCGGACGCGAGUUCGAUGGCGCUUCCACGUGCCAAGAGAAAAUAAAUUACAAUGAUGAUUGGAUUUUCCCAAAGAAUCUAUUAAUAGGAGCAGCAAGCUCUGCGUAUCAAAUUGAAGGAGGUUGGAAUGAAAGCGAUAAAGGUGAGAACAUAUGGGAUUAUAGGACACAUAAUAUACCGUGGAUGAUUUCGGAUGGAAGUAAUGGUGACGUAGCUGCUGAUUCUUUUCACAAAUACAAGGAAGAUGUUGCAAUUAUUAGAGAUAUUGGGUUUGAUUUUUACCGAUUUUCAAUAAGUUGGUCCCGGAUUCUUCCUAAUGGUUUCACUACCAAGGUCAGCAAAGAUGGGAUACAAUAUUACAAUAAUCUUAUAGAUGAAGUAAAAGCAAAAGGACUGGAGCCCUUUGUUACUAUUUUCCAUAUAGAUACUCCAGCAAUUUUUAGAGAAUUUGGACUUUGGACAAACGAAAUAUUAGUGGACCAGUUCGUCGAAUAUGCCAGAAUUGUUUUUCGUGAAUUUGGUUCAAAAGUAAAGUUCUUUACGACAAUAAAUUCGGCAAAUGUAGUUUGCAAUAAAGAAGCUUCUACAUCAAGUGCAAUGUACAUUUGUCUCCACAAUUUUUUGAAAGCUCAUGCUAAAGUCUAUCAUAUGUACAAUGAAGAAUUUCGUCAAACACAGAAUGGCAAAAUUGGAAUAUUGUUACAAUGUAAACAUUACUUUGGAGAAAAUCCAAAUGACACGCUGACGUCUGAUAUUGCUUUUCAAUACGACUGUGGUUGGGCAGCUCACCCAAUUUUUUCCAAGGAUGGGGAUUAUCCUAAAGUAAUGCGAGAUCGGAUAGCUGAAAACAGUGCAUUUCAAAGCUGGCCUAAGUCAAAGUUGCCAAAAUUUUCACAACAAGAAAUUGAGUAUAUCAGGGGCACAGCAGACUACUUUGGAUUAAAUCAUUAUGCAGCGAAAAUUGCAAUACCUGUGGAAAAAGGGAGUGAUGAAGUAUGGAUAGAUGACAGGGGUUUCAACUUGACCGAUGAUCCAAAGUGGCCUCAAACUGCAAAUUCAGAAUAUAAGGUAGUUCCUGAAGGUUUUAGUGGAAUUCUUCGUAAAAUAAAAGACGAAUAUGGUAAUCCAGAAGUGUACGUACUCGAAAAUGGAUAUGCAGACCGAGAAAAUCUGAAAGAUUACGACAGAAUACAAUUUUACUAUUCGUAUUUAAAAGAAAUGCUGUUAGCUAUAAAAGAAGGAUGCAAUGUAAAGGCCUAUACACUUUGGAGUAUUAUAGACAACUUUGAAUGGAAUAGCGGAUAUAGCGUACGUUAUGGAAUCGUACACGUUGAUUUUAACGACCCGGAGAGAAAAAGGAAAUACAAAAUGUCUGCAAAAUGGUUCAAGGAUGUACUUCGAACUCGAAAACUGAUUCCAGUAAAAUAUUACAUACCGCAGGGGUAA